AUGUCUGACCUAAAGGGCUUAUUUACAGAAUGCGCCUUCGCCUUCGUACCGAGCGCCUACUUGGCUCCCAAGGAGAUCAGCGAACUAGCAGAAAUCGUGAAGGGCCGCGGCGGCACAGUCCUGGAUCCGAGACGCGAUGGUUCUAUCAGACUUGAAGCGGUUUCUCACAUUAUUUCCAACACCAUCGACUUCCCCCAGUUCACCGAAACCCAAGCCUACAUGAUCCCCGUCGUCAAUCCCGGUUGGAUCAAAGCAUCGAUCCAGAGGAACAAGCAGGCCCAGGUGCGGCCCUACUCCCCUGACCCGCGCAUGUUCUUCUCCAAAGUCACCCUCACUUGCGCCGGUCUUCCUGAAAUCGACAAGGAAACCAUCAUCGGUGCCACCUUGGCUAUGGGCGGUAUGGAAAGCGCCGACGUCACGCGACAGACCACCCACAUUUGCGCCUUAUCCAUGGACAAUCCCAAGUGUGUCACCGCUAAGGAAAAGGGGCUCAAAUGCAAGAUUGUUCUGCCUCAUUGGUUCGAAGACUGCUUCAAGCUCGGCAAGCGAAUCGACGAAGGCCCCUACACGCUACCCGACCCCGAGAUCCUGCGCAGACCUGAAAACCAGGGCGAGGUUCAGAUUCCUCAAUAUGACCACCUUCAAGGAGCGACCUCCACGACCCCUAAUCACCUCGCCGACGGCCCCCGGAGGGCGGCUACCAUAUUCCGAGACAAGAAAGUCAUGCUCUCAUGGGACCUUAAUAUCACCCCACGAUCGCUGGAAGUUGUUAAGCAGCUAAUUACGAAUGGCGGCGGUAAAACUGUGGACGAUGUGGAGGCAUGCGACUACUUUGUCUGCCAAUACCGUGACGGAGAACAGUAUGUGAAGGCUGCCCAGUCAGGGAAAGACGUCGGAAACCUGUCGUGGCUCUACCACCUUAUCACCCACAACGAAUGGACAUCCCCUCUCCGUCGGCUCCUCCACUACCCAGUACCCAGAGACGGCAUCCCGGGCUUCAAGGAUCUCAAGAUCUGCCUCUCCAACUACGGCGGCGAUGCUCGCAUAUACCUAGAGAACCUGAUCAGAGCGACUGGCGCCACGUAUACCAAGACUAUGAAGGCGGAAAACACCCAUCUCAUCACGGCGCGAAGCAGCAGUGAGAAGUAUGAGGCAGCCAAGGACUGGAACAUCGAGACAGUCAACCACCUGUGGAUCGAAGAGAGUUACGCUAAAUGCGAGAUGCAGAGGGUCACUGUGCCCAAAUACUCCCACUUCCCGGUUCGCACAAAUCUGGGCGAGGUUAUUGGCCAGACCUUCUUCGACGAGUACUGUUUGCGAGAGACAUACUACCCUGGUGGCGAGGAGCAGAUGUCGCCGCGAGCGCAAAGGAAGCGCAAAAUCCUCGAGGCUGCACAGGAGAACUCCUACAACCACGGACCAGCUGAGGGCGUCGUCAUCGGCAGGCAGGAGGAGAAGAGUGCAGAGGAGGUCAUUGACGACAGCUUCAUGACGCCAGUCCGUCCCAAGAGAGGUGGCCGUGGCAAGGAGAAUGAUACUCCCUCGGUUGUUUCAACCGGCAGCCGAAGCGCAAAGAGCAAGGCCCUCACCAACCUUCAGCGCAUUGCCCCGGAUAUCGCCCUGUACGAGAAGGAAAAGAAGCGAGCCAAGGACGGCCACGGCCCGUGGGGUGGCAAGCGUGCUGCCGAUCAAAUUGACAAGGAACGCGGACGCACAUCUAGCCCAGCGCAAGCCAUGGAUGUCGACGAGGAAGACAAACGGCCCGCCAAAAAGAGCAGAUCCUCGCGUCCAGAUAUUGAGAUGAGAGUUGUCUUGACUGGCUUCACGAGAUGGGUCAACGGCAAAUCCAAAGAAGACUCGGAAAGGAGGAAACUCCGCGACAUGGGAAUUCUUAUUGUGCAGGACAAUCAACCAUGCGACUAUCUCGCUGCACCUCACAUGGUGCGGACGGUCAAGUUCCUCAAGACGUUGGCCAAGGGACCAACCAUUCUCUCAUCCAACUUUAUCGACGCGGCCCUUGACACGGGCGAGGUCCCGGAUCCUGACGAAUUCCUCUUGAAUGACAAGGAGAACGAGAAGAAGUUUGGCGUCACAAUCGAGACGGCGGUGUCCAGGGCAAGGGCCAACCUGGGCAAGCUCCUGUGGACCGUCCCUAUCUAUUGCACGGCCAACAUCUGCAACGGUCCCGAUAGCUACAAGGCCAUUGCCGAGGCCAACGGGGCCAUGUUCAAGCUGUACCGCGCGCGCAGCGGUACGACCAUCAAACCGACGACGGAGGAAGAAGACGGCGGCGCCCCGCCCGAGCCCGUCUACCUUCUCAGCUCUAACAGCGCCGAUGAGAGGUCCCUCUGGCCCAAGUUUGAGGAAAUGGCCCGCAAGGGCCACAUGGAGCCACGCAUUGUCGCUGCCGACUGGCUCUUGGACGUGGCCAUGACGCAGCAGGUGUCAUUUGACGAGAAAUACCUCGCCAAGAACUUCUUCGAGAAGAGCGCGUAG